AUGGGUGCGGAGGCCUCGGGGAGCGGGCCGGCGCUGCGGGAGCUCGUGCGCGAGGCCGAGACCAGCCUGCUCGAGUGCAAGGUGUGCUUUGAGAGGUUCGGCCACAGCCAGCAGCGGCGCCCGCGCAACCUGCCCUGCGGCCACGUGGUCUGCCUGGCCUGCGUGGCCGCCCUGGCGCAUCCGCGGACUCUGGCCCUCGAGUGCCCCUUCUGCCGGCGAGCCUGCCGGGGCUGCGACACCAGCGACUGCCUGCCGGUGCUGCACCUCCUGGAGCUCCUGGGCCACGCGCUUCGCCCGGCUCCCGCCGCCCCCCACGCCCUUCCCUGCGCCCCCGGGGUCCUCACCUGUCACCAGGCCUUCGGCGGCUGGGGGACCCUGGUCAACCCCACCGGGCUGGCGCUCUGUCCCAAGACGGGGCGGGUCGUGGUGGUGCACGACGGCAAGAGGCGGGUCAAGGUCUUUGACUCCCAGGGAGGGUGUGCCCAUCAGUUUGGAGAGAAAGGGGAGGCUGUCCAAGACAUUAGGUACCCACUCGAUGUCACCGUCACCAACGAUUGCCAUGUGGUUGUCAGCGACGCCGGCGACCGCUCCAUCAAAGUGUUUGAUUUUUUUGGCCAUAUCAAGCUCGUCAUUGGGGGCCAGUUCUCCUUACCUUGGGGUGUGGCUACCACGCCCGAAAAUGAGGUCGUGGUGACUGAUGCGGAGGCAGGGUCCCUGCAUCUCCUGGAAGUCGAUUUUCUGCAAGGGAUCCUGCAGAGAGCUGAGAGGAUAUAUGCUCAUCUGUGCAGUCCCCGAGGGGUGGCUGUGUCUUGGCUCACUGGGGCCAUUGCGGUUCUAGAGCACCCCCUGGCUUCGAGGGGGACCCGAGCAUGCAGCACCAGGGUGAAGGUGUUUAGCGCAAGUAUGCAGUUCAUCAACCAGGUGGAUUCCUUUGGGCUGAGCCUCUUCUUUCCUUCUAAAAUAACCGCCUCCGCAGUGACCUUUGAUCACCAGGGAAAUGUGAUUGUUACCGAUACCUCUAGUCAAGCUGUCCUAUGCUUAGGAAAGCCUGAGGAAUUUCCAGGACUGAUGCCCCUUGUCACUCAAGGCCUCUCCCAUCCUGUGGCCCUGACCUACACCAAGGAGAAUUCUUUGCUUGUGCUGGAUGCCGCUGUCCAUUCUGUAAAAGUCUUUAAGGCUGACUGGGGGUGAGCGGGUGGCCGGGGUCUGGGAUCAGAAGCCCUGGUGCUGCCACUAAUGAAUUGUUCAGCCCUGGAUCAGCCACUUAAUUUCAGCUAUCUAAGAGGGCAAAUACAACUCCCUGGCAAAUUUACAGAGGUUGUGGCAAUUAUUCAAUAAUAAUUAAAUCUACCAUUUCCUGAGUGUGUACUCCCUGUGCUAAGAGAUUUGCAAACAGUAACUCAUUUAAUCCUUACAGCUACACGGGAGGUAGUUUCUAUAUUAACCCCUUUCUGGAGAUGAGGAAGCUGAGGCCCAGAGAGUUUAAGUGACUUCUCCAAGGUCACAUCUUAAUGUGACGGCCACUGUUUGAAGUCCAUUCUGACUCCAAAACGUCUUGGUCUGAAAUAAGGUAACCGGUGUGAAAAUGAAUUGUGAAUGUACAAGUGCUAGUGUUUCCAUGUGCACUCUUUUUACAAGUAGCUAAUUUGUUAGAUGGAUUGCACAAAAAGAUUUUAUGAAAGCCUCAGUUCCAUUUAACUUGCAACUCCUUUGAUGGUGCAUAUGGUGAAGUUACUGUGGAUCCUGAGUUACUUGGAUCAAGAAGGUCAUCGAACUGCUUAUUAUUCAAAAGGUAAAUGUGUCUGUUUGUGCCUGUAUCUCCUCUGCUAUGGAGUCCCUGGGUGGUGCAAAUAGUUCAUGUGCUCAGCUGUUAACCGAAAGGUUGAGAGUUUGAGUCCACCCAGAGGCACAUUGGAAGAAAGGUCUGGCAAUCUGCUGCUGAAAAAUCAGCCACUGAAAACCCUAUGGAGCACAGUUCUAGUCUGAUACAGAUGGGGUUGCCAUGAGUCUGAGUCUACUCCAUGGCAACUUUUUUUUUUUCCCAAUUUACUAUAGGCACUCAGGAAAUAUGAACUUGGUUCAUUGUUUGACAAACAGCUAUGUUGGCGUAAGUUCUAAGCCACUCUGCGGUGCUAAAGUCAGAAGGCCGGAUGAUACUCCUGUUAUAUGUUUAUGUUAAUAAGGAGAUAAAGCACCAUGAUAGGUUCCUGACAGACAUGAUUUUUGCCUGCCUUUUUGUAACCUGAAGCACUUUGUGAUGGAGUUUUCCUUUGUGCAAUUUGAAUGUGUCUCAUUUGUUGCAAACGUUCUGUACUCCGUAAACAGCUUGCCUGAUCCUAAAUCAGCAUUCAGACCACUACUAAGCACUUAGAUAACUUCUUGAAGUUGAUCCUCUUCGAACAUAAUAACCUGCUUAAUGUUGCACCUACUUCGAUAGCUGAAUAGGUGGAAAUUUCAGGUGAAGUGGCCAGUGGUAUGUUUUUAGCUAGUGUAAACUACUCAGUGUUAAGGGCUGUUUGAAUAGGACCAAGUAACUGGGACCUCAGAAGCAGCAGCAAAAAUGCUCUCGAGACAUUUCCUCAGGGAGAAAAUACUGGUUUUGAAAGGUGAGGGUUUGCUUUAGGAAAUAGCUAGUACUUUAUCAGCAACUGGGUUCUAUUAAACGAAGAGGUUUUAUAGACAUAAUGUACAUACUAGAGACAGCCCCCAAAAUGUGAAUAUGUUCCAGAAGAGUAUAAAUUGAUCCUUUUGAGUUUGGCUCCCAUGCCAGCCCACAAGCCCCCCUCCCCCCUUUUUUUUUUUCCAAUGCUCUUGUCAUAUAGCACUAAUAGUAAGCUUUCAGGCACUCUGGACCACCAUUUGUAAAUGUGUCCUAAACAGAGAUUCCAGGGAUAACCGCCGCCUCACACACGCGUACAUCCCACCCAUAGAAGUCACCCUUAGGCUGGUGACUUUACAGAUGUUCUGAGUUGCGUAUCAAGAAAAGUUGUCCCAGGUGGAGAUGUGGCGUCAGACUUGGUCACUGGCGAGUUCAGCAUUAUUUGUACUUCACCAUGAUCUUACAAAUGCUGACUUUAGGAACAAUGGCAUUUUAAUUGUCUCAGAGCAGUUGAGCCAAUUCAAGGGAAUUUCCCUAUUUGGAAUGAUCAACGGAAUCAUCUAUGACUAUGAAGCUGUAUGUAUGUCUUUUUCAGACAAUACUCGUGGUAAAGGUGUGGCGAUUGCAACACGUGUGGAGGUAUGUGAGCGAGGUAUCACUUGUUACUGUGGAUUGCCAAGCCAGAAGAAAGGGGUGUGAGCCAUUGGGGUGAUGGUGAGAGUAUCAGAGAUGUGUUGACAAGUUACUUUGUUAAUUGCUACCUCUACUUGUGGGUUAUCAGCCUCAGGGGUGGGGUGGGGUGGAGCAGAAUAUGCAGCAUGAAGUUUGGGAAGCAGCUUUUCCCAGGAAUGGCAUAAUCCACAAAGGAGCAACAUUUCCCUGGGGAAGACUGCAAAGCUCCAGUGACCUGUAAAAAGCAGAUGCUAAAUUCCUCUCCCAGAUUUAGUUCUUUCAUUGCAAACUGCUUAAAGGGCUUGAGAAACUUAGCACAUUGAACUCCAGGCUAUUAAAGAGACAGGAGAGAUCUGAGAUAGGCAGGAAGAAGUAGUCCCAGCGGAAAGUAAAAUUUCCAAGGCGAUGGAGAAGAGAUGGAAUGAUAGGCCUUUAGGCAGCCCUGCCCACCUGGUGAGUCCAGAAAAGCAAACACAGCCAUGUUGGCUCCAGUCUCGGCAGUUCUCACAUCACUCACCAUCUGUUCCAGUUUUGCCCAAUUCUUGAUUAUUGGAUUGUCUCCUGUUUUUGGCCUUGUCACCUGACUUGGUUUUCUCAAUCUUUUUCCUUGGCAUUUUCUGAGGGCCUUAAAUCAGAUUCAUAAAUCUCCUCCCUAGCAAGUCUAGCUCAGGCCCCAAACCUGUCACCACUUUGCCAGUGCCUUAUCUAGACCUUUCCUGUUCAGUGGGGUGCAGGCCCCACAGAAAGUGAAUUACACAUCUUUUGAGGAAGAAGCAGUAUACCAUGCACUUCAGAAAAAUGAGGAAGAACCGCUGCUGAUAGCAGGUUUAAUAACCUCCAACUCCUGCCACUGAAAGAAGAAAUGUGUACUGGUAGCUAGUGCUCUGCUAGGAGCCUUGAUGGCAUAGUGGUUAAAGUGCUCGGCUGCUAACUGUAAGGUAAGUGGUUCAAACCCUCCAGCUGCUCAGCAAGAGAAAGAUGUGGCAGUCUGUAAAGAUUACAGCCUUGGAAACCCUGCUGGCAUAGAGGUGAAGAAAUAUGGCUGCUAACUGAAAGGUCAGGAGUUUGAAUCCACCAGGCAUUCCUUGGCAACACUGUGAGAGCAGUUCUACUCUGUCCUAUAGGCUGUCUGUGACUUGGCAUGAACUCGAGGCAAUGGCUUUUACUAUUAAAAAAAAAAACAAAAAACCGCAGUGCCAUCGAGUAGGCAGUGUUAAAUUCUUCCAGCCUCUAACCAUUACUCAAUUCCAAAACUGCUUCCACACUGUAGGUAUCUGUUAGAGCAGCACCCCACUCUCUUAGUACCAAAUUCUGCUUUAGUUACCUAGUGCUGCUGUAACAGAAAUACCACAAGUCGGUGGCUUUAACAAAGAGAAAUUUAUCCUCUUACAGUCUAGGAGGCUAGAUGUCCAAAUUCAGGGCCCCAGCUCCUACUCUGCUCUGGAUCCUGCAUUUGGCUCAUUGCCUCUGACCUCCAUUUCUUGGGACUUGGGCCAGCAGCCUGCCAUCUUACCUGCUGAUCUUGGAUUCCUCAGCCUUCACAGCUGUGAGCCAGUGGCCAGCUGCCUGACCUGUGGAUCUCAGGUUGUCAGCCCCUGCAGUUACAUGAGUCAAGAGAAACCUCCAGCCCGAUGCCUGAAGCCACAGACUUGGUGGGACUUGCCAGCCUCUACAACUGUGUAAGCCAUUUCCUUCAGAUAAGUCUUGCUAUGUAUAUAUAUACUAUAUAUACAUGCUUUGUUGCUUUUUCUUCUCUAGGCAGUCACUAUGAGUCAGAAUUGACUUGACAGCAGUGGGUUUGGUUUUCAGGGUUCUGCUAAUAGUGGUAUACUAUGGUGGUAUAGCAUGGUUAAUGAGGAGUAGAACUUGAAUGUGUAGAAAAUAUGAUAGGCUGUCGAGACUCACCACAACUACUGUAUUGGACAGUCAUAUUGUCUGCCCCUCCUACAGCCCCUGCUGAUAAACCAGCCCUCUGCAGCCAUAUUUCCUACUGCAUGACCUCCAGCAAUAGCUGACUGGCUAGAGGUGCACACCUGACUGAAUGAGAGCCAAUGCAUGAAUGAUGUGGUACCAAAUGUAUUAAUUAGACCAGAAAGUAGCCUAUGAAAUGGCCUGGGAUGAAGAGGUUUUCCCAAAAGACUGUGAGAAGAUCCAAUUAGAUUUUUGUCCUUUAAAUUUUGAAUUGAGAAAUAUGAAGAAAAUUAGGCAGAGAGCAGCCUGCAGAGAUGCUGGAAAUGGGCUCAGGAUGUAUGGCAGAGAGCCCAGGGUACCCAGAGCGUAGUCUAGAAGGGGUCAUGGGUGCCAGGAGAAUACUACCCUUUGCCCCUGUGAGCUCCUUGCCCCAUUGGAAGGGGAAUGGCUUAGGGAGGCUAGAGUGGGCCUGUGCUUGGUUCUAGAGUGGUACUCUCCACCCGUACGAGCAACUCACUGUGGUGUGAGUCACAAUGAGCAUAGAAGCAUGGGGUUGAGAAUGCCAGGUCAUGGAAGUAACAGCUCUUGUGUGGAUGGAGCUUUUGCUCAAUUUUCAGAUGCCCCAUUUUAAGACAGAUGAUGACGGGCUGGAAUAUGUUUAAAAGGUAGGGAGGAGGAUUGAAAAAAAUGUUUUCGUCUGCUUCUAUCAUCUAGAAUGUAAACUCAGUGAAGGCAAAGAUGUUUACCUCUUGUUCACAGCUGCGUCCUCAGUGCCUAGAACAGUGUCUGACACAUAGCAAGCAUUAAAUUUUUGUUGAUGUUGUUGAAUUAAUAGAUUUUUUCGUCAAGAAUUUUUUCUAGACUAUUCCUUUUUUUUUUUUUCUGAUAAAAGGGAAGUGGGUAGCUUGGGGAAGCUGGUCUAGAAUUAAAAGAGUUUGUGGUGGGUUUGUGGAGUGACUCAUUGCAGAAGCAUUAUGGUGACUGUGGUAGCCUGGGUCAGGUUUGGGUGAAGAACUUUGUGUCUCAGUCACCACUUUUCCAUCUUCACCCAAGUGCACAGGACUUGGAGGUAUGGGGUUGCCUGAGUCUUCAUGAGUCAUGUCUUUUGUCAGACCAAGAAAAGGAGAGACACCAGUAUGCUAGCUCUCUAGUACCAGGCAGUACUAGAGUACCAGGCAGUACUUUUAGCUUGUUUUGGACACUUCAUCCAAAACAAGCUAAAAGUAAGAUGAUGUCAGCUUCAUCUGGAGGGAAGAGCAUGAACUCAAAGAGUUCCUGUGUCACUCACCUGGUGGUGUACUUGAGGCACUGUUGAAAUCAUCUCAAGGUUAAUUUUGGUCAAUAAUGGGUACCUAAAGAGACUUCUGCCUUUCCCAUGAGCAAUGUAUGGGUGUGGGCAGCCCACCCACAGACAUUUGUUGACUGAUAAGGUGUAAGUUAUAACAUACAGUAGGCCCAUGACAGUAGUUGAAGAGCAGCUUAUAUUUUCCCCCAGAAAUAAUGAUAUAAUUGAGGGCUAAUUUUCUGACAAAGGACCCUGGUCAAAUCAGUCAUUGGUUUGACUAAAAAUGUCAUAAAACUAGCUAACCAAAACCUAAAAUCACUUAUAAAAUGAUAAUAUAAAAUUAUGCUUCCAGCCACAGAGUUUUAGGACUGCAAGGAAACUUAGGUAUUUUCUACUGGAAUAGCCUCAAAUUACAAGACUGGAAACUGAAGCCUGUAUAGGUAAAAGGACUGGAUUAGGUUGAAGGUCAGGAAAGGUGUGCAUCAGGGUUGUAUCCUUUCACCAUUCUUAUUCAAUCUUUAUGCUGAGCAAAUAAUCUGAGAAGCUGGACUAAAUGAAGUAGAACGGGGCAUCAGGAUUGGAGGAAGAGUCAUUAACAACUUGGUUAUGCAGACAGCACAACCUUGCUUGUUGAAAGUGAAGAGGACUUGGAGCACUUACCUGAUAUAGAUCGAAGACUACAGCCUUCAGUAUGGAUUACACCUCAACAUAAAGAAAACAAAAAUCCUCAAAACUGGACCACUAAGCAACAUCACAAUAAAUGGAGAAAAGAUUGGAGUUGUCAAGGAUUUCGUUUCACUUGAAUCCACAAUCAACGCCCAGGGAAGCAGCAGUCAAGAAAUCAAAGAACACAUUGCAUUGGACAAAUCUGCUGCAAAGGACCUCUUUAAAGUGUUAAAAAGCAAAGAUGUCAGUUUGAAGAGUAAGGUGCACUUGACCCAAGUCAUGGUGUUUUCAGUCGCCUCAAAUGCAUGCCAAAGCUGGACAAUGAAUAAGGAAGACGAAAAAAGAAUUGACGCCUUUAAAUUGUUGUGUUGGUGAAAAAUAUUGAAUGUUCCAUGGACAGCCAGAAGAAGGAACAAAUCUGUCUUAGAAGAAGUACUACCAGAUUGCUCCUUAGAAGUAAGGAUGGCAAGACUUACUCACUUACUUUGGACAUGUCAUCAGGAGGGACCAGUCCGUGGAAAAGGACAUCAUGGUUGGUAAAGUAGAGGAUCAGCAAAAGAGAGGAAGAACCUCAAUGAGACGAACUGACACAGUGGCUACAACAAUGGGCUCAAGCAUAACAAUGAUUAUGAGGAUGGCGCAGGACCAGGCAGUGUUUCAUUCUGUUGUACAUAGGGUCACUAUGUGUCAGAGCUGACUGCAUGGCACCUAACAACAAACUUGCUAGAAGCAUUAUCUGUACAAGUAAAACAAAUGCAUUUCUUUAUCAUCUAUGAAGUUUAUCAAUUUCCUUUUUUGAUAGUGUCUUUCUCAGGUUUUGGUAUUAGGGUUAUGCUGCCUUCAUAAAACAAGUUAGGAAGUAUUCUCUCCUUUAUUUUCUGAAAUAAUUUGUGUAAUGUUAGUGUUAUUUCUUCUUUAAAAGUUUUAUAGAAUUCAACCAGUGAAAUCUUGUGAACUUGAAGCUUUGUUGGAAGAUUUGUGUGUGUGUGUGUGUGUGUGUGAAUUCAGUUUCUUUACUAGAUAUAAGGCUAUUCAGUUUUUUACUUCAUAUUGUGUCACUUUUGGUAAAUAGUAUUUUUCAAGAAAUUUCAUUUGACCUAAGUUGUAGAAUUUGUUGGCAAUAAAGUUGUUUAUAACAUGUUCUUUCUAGCCUUCAAAUGUCUAUAGGGUCUGUAGUGAUAAUUCCUCUCUCAUUUCUGAUAUUGGUAAUAUGUAUUCUCUCUCUUUAUUUUUCUUGAUCAGUCUGGCUGGGAGUUAUCAGUUUUCUUUAUCUUUUCAAAUAGCUAGCUUUUGGAUUUAUUUUCUUUACUAUUUGUCUGCUUUUCUAUUCCCCAGAAUAGACUCAACAACAGUGGGUUUUUGGUUUGUUUUGGUUCUUCUUAUGUUCCUUCUACUUACUUUGGGUUUAAUUUGCUCUUCUUUUUCUAGCUUUUUAAGGUGGAACCUUAGAUCAUUGAUUUUAGACCUUUAUUCUGUUCUAAUCUACACACUGAAAGCUAGGAAUUUCCCUCUCACCACAGAUAUAAUAGCAUCCCACAGAUGAUAUAUUUUCAUUACCAUUUGGCUCAAAGUAUUUUUAAAAAUUUCCCUUGUGAUUUCUUCUUAGAUCCAAUGAUUCUUUAAAAGAUGUUAUUUAAUUUCUAAAUAUUUGGAGUUUUCCUGCAUAACGUGUUAAAGGUAUGUAAUUUAAUACCACUAUAGUCAAAGAACAUACUUAGAAUGACUUCAGUACUUUUAAAUUUGUUGAGAUUUGUUUUAUGGUCCAGUUUUUUUUUUUUACUAUGUGGAUUACCUUGAUUAACAUACUGUGUACAUUUGAAAGAACAAGUAUUAUAUAAAAUGUAGUGUUCUGUAAAUAUUAAUUUAGGUUAAUAUGGUUGAUAAAAUCACAAAAAACUCAUUGCCAUCGAGUCAGUUCCAACCCAUAGCAACCCUAUAGGACAGAGUAGAACUGCCUCAUGGUGUUUCCAAGGAGUGGCUGGUUAGCAACCGAGCUCUUAACCGCUGUGCCACCAGGGAUCCAUAUGGUUGAUAGUAUUAUUUAUCUGACCUAUGCUUUUACUUUUUUUUUCUAGUUCUAUCAAUUGCUGAGAAAGGAUGCUAAAAUCUCCCCUAAUGUUGAUGGAGUGUCUACUUCUCCCUUUAAUUCUACCAAUUUUUGCUUCAUGUAUUUUGAAACUCUAUUAUUAGACAGGAAACCCUGGUGGCAUAGUGGUUAAGUGCUACAGCCGCUGACCAAAGGGUUGGCAGUUCGAAUCCACAAGGCACUCCUUGGAAACUCUAUGGGGCAGUUCUACUCUGUCCUAUAGGGUUGCUAUGAGUUGGAAUCGACUCGACGGCACUGGGUUUGGUUUUUUGUUUUGUUUUGUUUUUUGGUUUAUCUCUAGACACAUACACAGUUGGGAUUGUAAUAACUUUCUGAUAAAUUGAUGCUUUUAUAUUAUAAAAUGUUCCUCUUUAUCUCUGAUGAUAUUCUUUGUCUUAGUUUGUGUUAUAUUAAUACAUCCACUCCAGCCUUCUAAUGCUUAUUGUUUGCAUGAUAUAUCUUUUUUCCUCCAUUUAUUUUCAACAUAUCUAUGUCUUUAAAUUGCAUCACUUAUAGAUAGGCAAAAAAGACAAAGUGUUUUCUGUUGGAAUUGUCGUCACCCAUGUGGUGCAGAACAUGGCAAUCUCUAAGGCUAGAAGCCAUGAAAGUGGGGAAACCCAUUCCAUGUCAUCUUCUUCCAAGGCUCAGUUCUUCUC